AUGUCUGUUGGAGUGGCUAUCAUUGGAAGCGGCAUUUUCGCUCGCGAAGAGCAUCUGCCCGCAGUCCAAGCAGCAAAGGACUUCCAGCUGAAGGCUAUCUAUUCCCGAUCCCUCAAAUCCGCGCAGGAUCUCGCAAACGGGACUACGGGCGUUGAUCUCUACUCUGAGGACUCUGGCCCCGGAAAGGGUUACGCCGAUUUGCUCGCCCGUGAGGAUAUCGCGGCGGUUGUCAUCGCCCUCCCCAUCCUGGUCCAGCCGGAUUUCAUCCGCAAGGCCCUGACGGCAGGGAAGCACGUCCUGUCCGAGAAACCGAUUGGCAAGGACAUUGCCACGGCGCGGGACCUGCUGCAAUGGUACCAUGCCAACAUCGACACCAGCAAGCUCCUCUGGGCCGUCGCAGAGAACUUCCGGUACAUGACCAAGUUCCUGCGUACGGCCGAGGAGGUGCAGAAGCUGGGGCCGGUCAAGAAUUUCCGGGUAAAUUCUCAUGCGUUGGUCUCGACGGACUCGAAGUAUUUUAAAACCGCAUGGCGCCAAACACCCGAAUACCAGGGCGGAUUCAUCCUUGACGGCGGCGUCCAUGUGAUAGCAGCUCUACGAUUGAUUCUCGGGUCGAGCGACCCCGUCACUAUGAUAUCCGCGCAGUCCUGUCUCCAGCAGCAGCAUCUCGCUCCCCUGGACACGGUGGACGCGGUAAUGAAGACUAGAUCUGGCGCUACGGGUGUUCUGUCCUUGUCGUACGGAUCAGCGUUUAAUGACCAAGUUUUCGAGUUCGACUGCGAGAGAGGCGUGGUCGCCUUGAACUUUGACCGGCUAACGGUCAAAGGAGAGAGCAAUGAGCUCGCUUUUGACGGCCGAGGUGUGAGCCGUGAGGUCGACGUAUUUGCUACGACGAUUGCCAACGGUGGUUCUGUCGACAAGCGACAGAGUCCGGAAGAGGCGUUGGCUGAUUUGGAGAUUAUGGAGAAGAUGUUGACCAGUGGUGAGAGAGACGGCGAGAGACAGAGCGUGGAAUUACAAGUGCGGCCAAACCUCAGCGGAAAUUUUGAGAUUGAACUCGAAUCGUCACGACAACUCUCGAGCGCCAGCCAGCGAGACCCAACGAUACCGACAAGUUUCAAGAUGGUCCUCGCAAAGAAGCACGUCCCCAUCGUCAAGAAGCGCACCAAGCGCUUCUUCCGCCACCAGUCCGACCGCUUCAAGUGCGUGCCGGAGUCAUGGCGCAAGCCCAAGGGUAUCGACAACCGUGUCCGCAGACGCUUCAAGAGCAACAUCCCCAUGCCUUCCAUCGGUUACGGUAGCAACAAGAAGACCAAGCACAUGAUGCCCUCCGGCCACAAGGCUUUCCUCGUCCACAACCCCAAGGACGUUGAGCUGCUGCUCAUGCACAACCGCACCUAUGCCGCUGAGAUCGCCUCCGCUGUCUCUUCCCGCAAGCGUGUCGACAUCAUUGCCAAGGCCAAGGCGCUCGGCGUCAAGGUCACCAACCCCAGGGGCCGUGUCACCGUUGAGGCGUAA